GAACCAAUCACUGUUGGCUACGACCCUGCAACAUACGUAACAACUGAAAGUGAUGGAAGUGUGACUCUCACAGUUAGGGUCUUCAGUCAUCCCGGUGGAGCUCCACGACCUUUCACUCUUGUUGUCGACACACAAGAUGGCACCGCAACUGCAACUGAUAGUGACUAUGUACCAGUGACUGGUGAGAUCAUACAGUUCAAUGCGGGAGAUGUCAUUCAGACCCACACAAUCACUAUCAAUAAUGAUGAAGAGUGUGAAGACGAACCAAAUGAGAGCUUCUUCUCUAACAUUGCUCUGGACGGUGGUAUCGACAUUGAUAUUACGAUUGAUCAAGCUGUUAUCACUAUUAAUGACACUGCUGAGCCAGAGUGUGAACCAAUCGCUGUUGGCUAUGAUCCUGCAACAUAUAUGACAACUGAAAGUGAUGGAAGUGUGACUCUCACAGUUAGGGUCUUCAGUCAUCCCGGUGGAGCUCCACGACCUUUCACUCUUGUUGUCAACACAGAAGAUGGCACUGCAACUGUUUCUGAUGGAGACUAUACAUCAGUUAGCAAUGAUACUAUUCAAUUCAAUGUGGGAGAUGUCACUCAGACCCACACAAUCACUAUCAACGAUGAUGAUGAAUGUGAGAAGGAUCCAAACGAGAAUUUUUUGUCCAUCAUUGCCCUGGACAGUGGUAUUCCUGAUAUCAAUGUGACUGUGCCUCAAGCUACAGUCACAAUCAAUGAUUCUGGCGAAGAAGAAUGCAGAGAUAUCCGUGUUGGCUAUGAGAUG